AUGAAGGCCCUUAUUCUUGUCGGCGGUUUUGGAACCCGCCUUCGACCUCUUACCUUGACCAUGCCCAAGCCCUUGGUCGAAUUCGCCAACCGUCCAAUGAUUCUGCACCAGGUUGAGAGCUUGGCUGCUGCUGGCGUCACAGACAUUGUGCUUGCCGUCAACUAUCGUCCGGAUGUUAUGGUUUCAGCCUUGAAGCAGUACGAGGAGCAGUAUGGUGUCAACAUUGAAUUCUCCGUCGAGACUGAGCCUCUUGGUACCGCCGGUCCCCUUAAGCUCGCCGAAAAGAUUCUCGGAAAGGAUGAUUCCCCUUUCUUCGUGCUCAACUCGGAUGUCAUUUGCGAGUACCCAUUUGACAAGCUCGCUGCCUUCCACAAGUCUCAUGGCGAGGAGGGCACCAUUGUUGUCACCAAGGUCGAGGAGCCCUCGAAAUAUGGUGUCGUGGUGCACAAGCCCAAUCACCCCUCGCGCAUUGACCGCUUCGUCGAGAAGCCCGUCGAGUUUGUCGGCAACCGUAUCAAUGCCGGUAUCUACAUCCUCAACCCGAGCGUGUUGAACCGCAUUGAGCUGCGACCCACCUCCAUCGAGCAAGAGACCUUUCCCGCCAUUUGCAAGGACGGCCAGCUGCACUCGUUUGAUCUCGAGGGCUUCUGGAUGGAUGUCGGCCAGCCCAAGGACUUCCUCAGCGGUACUUGCCUUUAUCUUUCCUCGUUGACGAAGAAGGGCUCCAAGGCUCUCAAGCCUGCUUCCGAGCCGUACGUUUACGGCGGCAAUGUCAUGGUCGAUCCCUCGGCCAAGAUUGGCGAGAACUGUCGCAUCGGCCCCAACGUUGUCAUUGGUCCCAAUGUGGUCAUCGGUGAUGGUGUGCGUCUGCAACGUAGUGUGCUGCUGGCGAAUAGCAAGGUCAAGGACCAUGCCUGGGUCAAGUCCACCAUUGUCGGCUGGCACAGCACCGUUGGCCGCUGGGCGCGCCUCGAGAACGUGACGGUGCUCGGUGAUGAUGUAACCAUUGGCGAUGAGGUCUAUGUCAAUGGUGGCUCGAUAUUGCCGCACAAGUCCAUUAAGCAGAACGUUGAUGUUCCUGCUAUUAUCAUGUAA